AUGGGUGCUAUAGAUCGACUUAAAGGCAAAGUCUGCGUCGUCACAGGCUCGUCCUCGGGUAUAGGAAGGGCCAUCUCGCUCGCAUACGCUCGCGAGGGAGGACUUCUCGUCUGCUCCGACCUCCAGCCCGAGGCUCGCGUGGACGUGUCGGCUGAGCGCGAGGCCAACACGGAUUCUCUGAUUGUGCAGAAUGGGGGACGGGCCAUAUUCGUUCGUGCUGAUGUGAGGAGCGCUGUUGAUAUGGAGGCGCUGGUUCAGAAGGCCGUGGAGGAGUUUGGGAGGCUGGACGUCUUUGUCAAUAAUGCUGGUGUGUCACUCGAGGCGGGGAGGCCACUUGCUAGGAUCCACGAGACGUCUGAAGAGGUGUUUGAUAUCACCAUGGCUAUCAACACCAAGAGCGUAUUCUUGGGAUGCAAGUAUGCGACGGCACAGAUGCUCAAGCAGGACCUACUGCCAUCGGGCGACAGAGGAUGGAUCGUCAACAUGUGCUCGAUAUACGGCCUCACGGGCGGCUACUGCAUGCCGGCUUAUAACGCGUCAAAGGGAGGGGUUGCACUUUUGACGAAGCAGGUGGCCCUCGAUUACGCUGCGUCGCGCAUCCACUGCAGUGCCAUCUGUCCCGGAUAUACCGAUACUGCAAUCUUUGUGAAUACAGUCAAAUCUGCGAACAGGGAACGGCUCGAGGGCAAUCAUCCGCUGGGGAUAGGGCAGCCGAGCGACAUUGUAGGCGCCGCGCUGUUCCUUGUCAGUGACGAGGCCCGAUGGGUGACGGGGACGCUGCUUAAUGUGGAUGGAGGCUGGCUGGCCGGCAAGAAAUAG